AUGUCCGCCCAAAAAGCCCAAGCCGCGAAGAAAAUCAAAGUCGGUUAUGAAACAAUGGGUCAAGGCUUAGCUGAAUUAAUUGCCGCGACCAUUUUUGCCGGUUAUACCAUUAAAUUAAGGACUCGCCAAUUAAUCUUAGAACAAAAAAACGGUAAAGAACAAGCCCAAUUAAACAAACUCCAAGCCGAAAUCCAAGCUCUCAAAGAAAAAAACCAUGCCUAA